CAAUGGAAAACAGCCCAUGCAGCAGCAAGAAGUAUCAGGGUUAGACACCAGGAAGACCGUCUAGAAUUCCUGGAGAACUGUGGACAAGCCUGUGAAGGGUCAAGUAGGGAGUCCCGUGACCUGUGCUUUGUGCCUGAUGUAGGUAGGAGAAGAUGGAAUUGACCAAAUAAGAAGUAUGAGGGACUCAGAUGAGCAACAGGAAGGCCUUGGGUGUGGGACAACACCAUUCCAGAUGGAUGUGUGGGUUUGAAGUAUCACUGGUGGACAGAGUGUUGAGUGGGGCUCAUUGCAUUGACUGAGAGAUGGAUGGGUUGAUGAUUCUGUCCUAAACUUGAGUUCUUGGAGCUCCCAGCUGGGAGUGGGACUUGAUCCUGGGGCAAAGGACGGCCUUCUACAGCUCCUCCCCCUCCCAGUUUGCCAUCCUCUUGGCAGAAGAGGAACCCUCACUGACCACAUCAGUUCCUUAACAUUCCCUCCAGAGAGUCCCUUGCUAUUGGACAAAUGUCAGCCAGAGCAGGAGCUCAGCUCUGCUAAAUGUCAUAGUCAUCAGGUAGCCCUGGAGAGGAGAGGGAAAGGGCAGGUUGUAGGUGAGUGUUGGGAUCUGAAGAUAAGGGAGUUCCACACGCCAGGGAGGGCGUGGAGGCCAAGAAGCAAAGGCCAUGGCAUUGGGGUGACCGCAACCCCCCUGGAUUGGAACGUUGAGCACUGGAAGUGAGGGUAUGUUUUUAUGGAGUGAGUGAAGAGUGAGCCUGGAGACCCUUGGAAGGUGACAUUAUGGAACCCCCUAAUGGAAGGCACAGGGCUUCUGGAUACGGAAAGCUAGGAGCUAGUUUGGAGUGUGUUGUCUGAAGGGGAACAGGCUUGGAGCAGGCUCUGUGAUGGACAAAGACAGGCAAGGGGAGCAUGUGGGCUGGACUGAGAUGUGAGAUGGGGGUGGGUUAGGGGGUCACUAAAGGAGAGCUGCUGAUGUGGUGCAGGGGCCCACAAUGGAGGUGGCCUGUUUUUUGCUUUGUGGUUAGAACAGUCAGUGUCUGCUGUGGAGGAGUGAAGGGCUGGGAGAAUCAGGACUUAUGACCCUGAGCUCAUGAUCAGCUUAGGCAUUAGAGAUUAGGCUUUGCCGACCAUCUGCUUUAUCUGAAGAUUUUCAGCUGAUGAGGCGCUAGCAGGUUCAAACACCAUCGUGUCUGGGUCCUCGACUGGUGAUUUUGGAGAAAGUGCUAGCAGGGCGCCGGGUCUCCCUCUAGGGCAGGAUGGCCCAGGAUCUCAGUGAGAAAGAACUGCUGAGGAUGGAGGUGGAGCAGCUGAAGAAGGAAGCGAAGAACCCUCGUGAUCCGAUUUCCAAGACCGGAAAGGAAAUCAAGGACUAUGUAGAGGCCCAAGCAGGGGCUGACCCUCUUCUCAAAGGCAUCCCAGAAGACAAGAAUCCCUUCAAGGAGAAAGGCACUUGUGUGAUAAGCUGAUGGCCCAGAGCACCCCCACUUUUUUCCCUGUUCCUCCUCACCCAGGUCCAAGUGUGCUGGGAUCCCCAGGGACCAAUGUUUACCUCCUCUUGAACUUCAAAUGAGUAAAGAUGCUGGGAAAAAAAAAUGCACACUGAG